AUGCUCGGCCUGUGCUUUUAUGUCCCCGUGUCCAACUCAGAUCCGGUUGAAGUGGAAUAUUUUGAAUCUAACGGGCUGCCGUCGGAACUGAAGUCUCUCUUUAACAAACUGAGCGUGUUCCUGCCGUCCCAGGAGUUUUCAACCUACCAAAGGUGGCGAAAGAAAACCUUGAAAAGGGAAGAAAAUGAUGCAGAUGGACAGCUGGACUUUGAGGAGUUUGUUCACUAUCUGCAAGACUAUGAGAAAGACCUGAAGCUUGUAGUGAAAAGUCUCAAAGGGACGAAUGCAGGCAAUGUCGAUCCUAAGGAGUUCAUGCAGUCUCUUAAGGACCUUGGUGUGCAUAUUUCAACGCAGCAUGCGGAAAAAGCCCUUAAGAGCAUGGAUAAGCAUGGAAUGAUAACCAUCAGCAGUGAAGAGUGGAGCAACUUCCCCUUGGUGGAGAAGACUGAGAACAUUCCUGAAAUCAUCCUCUACUGGAAACACUCAACGAUAUUCGAUGUAGGUGAGAACCUUAUGGUGCCUGAUGAGUUCACUGUAGAGGAGAAGCAGACCGGGAUGUUGUGGCGGCACUUGGUCGCAGGUGGAGGAGCUGGAGCUGUUUCAAGGACCUUUACCGCUCCCCUGGAUCGACUCAAAGUCAUGAUGCAGGUUUAUGGCUCUCGAACCAACAACAUGUGCAUCAUGACCGGGAUGAUGCAGAUGAUCAAAGAGGGGGGUGUGAAGUCGCUGUGGCGAGGAAACGGUGUGAACGUCAUCAAAAUUGCCCCCGAGUCGGCCCUCAAGUUCAUGGCGUACGAGAAGAUAAAACAACUAAUCUGCAGUGAAAAGGAGACUCUGAGCAUCGUGGAGCGAUUUGUUGCAGGGUCUUUGGCCGGAGUGAUCGCCCAGAGCACAAUCUACCCCAUGGAGGUCCUGAAAACCCGUCUUGCCCUGAGGAAGACCGGGCAGUACUCUGGUAUCUUAAACUGUGCAAAGCAGAUUUUCAGGAAAGAAGGCCUUGCUGCGUUUUAUAAAGGCUACGUCCCUAACAUGUUGGGUAUCAUCCCCUACGCAGGAAUAGACCUGGCAGUGUACGAGACAUUAAAGAACCACUACCUGCAGCAUUAUGGCACCAACAACACCAACCCGGGCAUGGUCGUCCUGCUGGCCUGCGGCACAGUGUCCAGCACCUGCGGUCAGCUCGCCAGUUAUCCUCUGGCCCUGGUCCGCACACGCAUGCAAGCACAAGCUGCAACAGGGAGCAACCAGCAAGUGACAAUGUCUGGUCUCUUCAAGCAGAUCUUGCAGACAGAGGGCCCGACGGGGCUCUACAGAGGCCUGGCCCCUAACUUCCUAAAAGUCAUCCCUGCCGUCAGCAUUAGCUACGUGGUGUACGAGCACAUGAAGACACAGCUGGGAGUGAAAUCACGCUGAAACUAGCCCUCUUUGUUAUUUCUAAGCUUGACUGUGACAAGUGGACCUUUGGGCCCCGCUGGGGUUUGUGUAACGAUCUCAUUCUGUGAAUGCCCGCUGAGGAAAGACGAGAAAGGCCAAGGUGGAGGAUAUGGACUCUGUGAGCUCAGGAUGUCAGGAUUGUGACUGCUGCUAUUUGUGUCGUUAAGUGUUGUGAGCUGAAACGAAAAACAUGAGGGAUGUGGGUGAUUUGUUAAUCGAGGACCAAAUGUUUUUGUUCUUUCUACCAUUUUGACUUUUGGUGCCUGAGCAAGCGUCCUGUUAUUUUUUGUGUUGACACUGUAAGCUUUGGGCGGUCAGUUCAAUGCAUCACCAGAAUUAGUGUUACGCAACUCAACUGAAAAUGACUUUAAUUCACAGUACUAUUUACAUGCCAGAUAUAGCAUUACGUUCUUUUGAAAAGUUGUAUUAUUUAAGUUAUGGUUAUGGUAAGAAAUGACUGUCCCUAAAUGAGAGGAUUUUGCACAUGAGUUUUUUUUCUCUCUCCACCCCUGUCCAAAAUGAAUGAAUGGUUGGAUGACAAGAUUUUGUGUGACAAAUAAUGGGAGUAUUUAUUUCCAGCCGUCCUAUAUUUAUUGAUUUUAUUGUCUGAGAGGACUUGCAAUGUUUCAUGCUUCCUGUCUGCAGAGCCAAAUGUGCGAUUAGAUUACUGUUGAAAUGCAGUGAGUGUAUUCGGGUUGGGAAACCAACACCAGGUCACAGCCUUAACAUGUGGCUAUGAAACACUAAAUAUAGCUGUCUGAAAUGUUAACACAAGGUUUGAGUUUGUACUCUAAGUCUCUGUAGAUGGUUGAGACUUAAAAAUAACUGUUCAGAUUAUGUCAGUGUUUUAGAUGGUUUUGCCUUUCAAAGGUAUAAAUGUCUUAAUGUUAACCUAAGGAUAAGGGCAGAUUCUUUAAUUCACAGAACGGCACACUUUUUGUUUUUUCUUAUCACAACAUUUAUACUUAAACAAGUGCUUUUGAAAAAGAAGAGUGACAUAAUGCACUUUAAUCACUGCUGGAAGGGCCUCUCAAUGAAUCUCAGUUCAAUCCAGGUAUUAGGAUUCUUUUGUAAGGGAGUUUUAGUCUCGUUUUAAUGGACCAUUUCGAUGCAAAUAAAAAUGCAAAUUCUU